CAUGAAGCGAAAAGAAAAACGCCGGAAACACUUACUUCCCUUCCUUCAAAACAAAUGCCACAUAAGCUGAAGUCGGUGCUUAUUUUUUUUAUUUUGAAACGCAUAUGCGGAAGUUGAAUGUUUAUUUUACUAUCGCUCGACACUGGCUGUGUGAGUCGCUGCUGCUUUUUCACCCGUGAGAAAAAUGUUCUCCGCUAUUUGGCGUCGUAGUUGUGACCACCAAUUCACCUCGAAAACACACAAGGCCGGUUUGUUUCAGUCAGCUGGACGCUUGGACAGACUUGACAAGAUCGUGUAAGCCAUGAUCUGAGAAAGUCUGCGUUGUCCCUGUGGAUGCAGACUUGCCAUCACCGCUGCGCUCACACUCAUCAGUCAUGUCUGAAUCCCGUGUGACUGUGUUGGACUGGUUAUGCGUGCUUCGUCUGGAGCAGUAUUUUGAGGCAUUUCAGAGCGCCAGGCUGGUAACGUUACGACAAUGUCGCAACCUCACGCCAGAUCAGCUUGAGCAAAUGGGCAUCACUCUGCCAGGUCACCAGAGACGCAUCUUGGCUAGCCUGAACAAAACGCAUGGUAAGGGUGACACAUAUUCUCAGCUUGGACAGUUUGAGAGAGAUCAGAGAUUGGAGGAAACGGGAAAUGCCCAAGUGUUGCAGAGUAAAAGACCUGUGCCCAUCCCAGGGGAAGAAAAACCUGUCCUUAAGGAAAGGGAGAGAAGAGAUGGAGAGACAUUGAGACCUACACCCAGGGAAAGAGAGAAACCAGUCCCCAGAGAGAGACAAGUGCCUAGUGUGAAAGAGGACAUUGAAGAUGGAGGAGAGAAGAAGCCAGUUCCUGUACAAAGACAAAUAACACCUAGAGGAGGAAUAGAUGGAGAGACAGAUGGAGGAAUAGAUGUAGAGAGGGAGAAGCCUGUACCUAAAGAAAGGACCAAAUUUCGUUCUAAUGCCCAAGCAGACUUUCACCCAAGCUCUAGCCUGUCUCCAACUUCUGACCCCUCUUUGCCCCCUGUCCCCCCUCGAAGCACCCCCAAUUGCCCUCCACAGCGCUUCACCACUCCCCUGAGCCCCUCACCUCCCGCUCGAAACGCAGUCUCCCCCAAACUGGACACACAUGUGGUUAAAGCCCCGGCUUUAUCGAGCAGACAAGCGUCCCAGAAUUCAACCCCCACCGGCACGCCUACCCACACCCCCACACAUGCACCUCUUCACCCUCCCAACUUCGCUUCCGCCCAGGCUAGGCCACAGACGUUAGCCAUACAGCCACCGGCCCAACAUUUGGGUGGUGAUGGAAGAGGAAAAAGUUUACCCGGCUCCCCUGUUGCCCCCCCUCCCAACGAUAGAAAUGUUCCACCUCUCCCUCCAAAAGCAGGGGCAACACCUAAAGGCCCUCCACCUGUCCCACAACGUUGUCCUGCACUGUCUCCCAGAACUCACAGCCCCACCAAGACAAUUGCUGAUGAGAUGCAAAAAGACCAAACUCCACAGGUCCCACCUCGCAUCAGGACGCCCCAAACUCUAGAAAACACACAGCUGUCAACUCAACCUGACACUUAUCCCUCUGUGCCUACGAGGAUUGUGUCCCAACCUCUACAUGAAUCCCGGUUGGGUUCAGUCAAUGAUGAUUCUGAUGACUACGAGGAUCCAGACUUGUUAUACCCAGGUGUUCAUCGUUUGAACACACCAGACGGGGAUAUGACCCUGCAAGUGCCCGGACAGCGAAAGGGACGCUAUAGUUCUUUGUGCAGUGAUGAUGAGAUGCUGGAUGAUGAUGAGUCUACACAAUGGCAAGAUGGGGGCAUCAGCAACCAGCAAGGCAGUGUUUAUCUGCCCAUCUCUGGCAAACUGCCUACACCCACUAAAGAAGACAGCUCUCCCCUCACUGCCGUCAUCAAGAUGGGUUGGCUGGACAAGAAUCCACCUCAGGGCGCCCUUUAUUAUCAGAGACGAUGGGUGAAGCUGGAUGUUGACUACCUGAGAUACUUUGACAAUGACAAGGAUGUGUAUUCUAAGGGGAUCAUUUCAACUGCCUUCAUCACUAAUGUGACCAGUGUCGGAGAGCUGAAGUUUGAGGUUGUCACAAACAACAGAACAUUUAUCUUCAGAGCUGAAAGUGAAGUUGAGAGAAACGACUGGGUGACUGUACUGCAGGACUGCACCAGGGGGCGCCAUCCACGCAGCACCAUUAGCCCUUCCUCACCUUUGACCCCAGAGUAUCAGGGUUAUCUGGAGCUCAGAGGGUUACGUUCAAAACUCUAUACUGUUGUCGCCUCAGAUAAAGUCUACCUCUACAAAAACAUAGAGGACUAUCGUAUAGGAGUGGGCAUCACAUCCAUUGAGAUGAAUGUUGGAAAUGUUAAGGAGAUAGACCGUCGUUGCUUUGAUCUCACCACACCUUACAGGAUAUUCAGUUUUAUCGCAGAGUCGGAGCAGCUACGAGAGCAGUGGGUGGACGCCAUGCGGGAUGCGAUAGGUGAGGCCUUGUCAAAUCGUGAGGUGGCAGAGCGCAUCUGGGUGGAGCCUAGCAACAGCCUCUGUGCCGACUGUGGGGCUCUCAAACCGGAAUGGGCUGCCAUCAACUUGUGCGUGGUGGUCUGCAAACGAUGUGCAGGAGUGCACAGAGGACUGGGUCCUAGCAUCUCAAAGGUUCGUAGUCUGAAGAUGGACAGGAAAGUCUGGACAGAGGAGCUUAUACAGGUGUUCCUGUUGCUAGGCAACGAGCGAGUAAACAGUUUCUGGGCAGCUAACGUCCCACCAAGUGAAGCCUUAACACCGUCUAGCUGCAGUGAAGAGAGACGGCGCUUCAUCACCAACAAAUACCGCCAGGGCAAAUACAGGAAGUACCACCCUCUGUACGGAAACCAGAAAGAGCUCAACAAUGCUCUAUGUAUUAAUGUGCAGUGCAGUGAUGUGUUGGAAACGUUAAGCCUGAUAUUCUGCGGUGCAGAUGUAAAUUGUUCCACUGGUAUGGCAAGUUGGCCCUCCCCUCUCUCCCUGGCCAACGCUCACUCACAACCCUUACAGGCGGAAUUAAUAAGCCAUAAUCUCAACACAGAGCUACCACGGCUAGAGGUGGUCGGGGACAUGGACAUGAUACAUUACUCAGCACCAACUUGUGUGUCUCACAAUGGCUUCCUGUUCAAGACAGCGUCCAUGGCUCGGGCUAUCACUGAGCGCAAGGCCAGAGAAGAGUUCAGUCGUCGUUGGUGUACUCUGAAUGACGGCACCUUCAGCUACUAUGAGAGUGACAAGAACUCAAACCCCAACGGAGCUCUGAAAGCUUCAGAGAUUGUCUGCUUGGCUGUCGAACCGCCUGAGAAACAUGGGUAUGACCAUACCUUUGAACUCUACUCAGAGUCUGAGCGUCUUUAUCUGUUUGGCACUGAUGACCCAGACAGCCACAAGGAAUGGGUCAAGUCUAUUGCCAAGAGCUUUAUUCCGGCCACUGCAGAGCCUUUACUGAGGUUGGGCUUUGAGCGGAUUGGGCGUCUGAAGUGUAAGGAUGGCCUGAAUCUACAAACAUCCAAGGUUGGUUGGUUUGCUCUGGUGGGCUCCACGCUUCAUGCCUACCUGGCUGACAGCCAGGGGGAGGAAAUCCACCUCCGGAAGCUGAAUGAACUCUCGAUUCAACAAGACAAUGAGGUGCUGGUUCUGGUGGAGAAGGGAAGAACUCUGUACAUAGAGGGAGAGAGGAAGUUGGACUUUGCCGACUGGUGCACGGCCAUCCAGGCGGCAGCAGGGAGUGGAGGUGACACGCUGAGCCAGCAGCAGCUGACGGAGACAGACAUACCUGUCAUAGUACACAGCUGCAUCGGCUACAUCACACAGUGCGGCUUGACAUCUGAGGGCAUCUAUCGCAAAAGUGGUGUGAACUCCCGUGUGGCGGCGCUGUGUGAGAGAUUCCGUCGUGACGCUCGCAGUCUUCGACUGAGAGAGGGAGAGCACCAGGUGGACGACGUCUCCAACACGCUCAAACGCUUCUUCAGGGAGUUAGAAGAGGGAUUGUUCACAUCAGAGGAUUCCAGCAACUGGCUCGGUGCUGCUGCCAUUCAGGAUGAAAGUAUGAAAAUCUCCCAGUACCAGCUGCUGUUGAACAGACUGCCUCAUGUCAACAAGGCUACACUACAGGCCCUUAUCAACCACCUCUACUGCGUGCAGCGUUUUUCGGAGAUGAACCAGAUGAACCUCCAUAACCUGGCCAUAGUGUUUGGCCCCACACUGUUUCAGACCGACGGGAAGGACUACACUGCUGGCCGUGCCAUUGAGGACCUCAUUCAGCACUACACGUCCAUCUUUGAGGUGGAUGAGCAGCAGCUAAAGAGACAGCUAGAAGAGAUCGCCGCUAUCAUCCAAAUGCGAGAGAAACUCAACACAAAGUUUCCUAGUACUGAACCAGGUGGGCACUUUAUCUGCACAGUUUACCUGGAGGAGAAGAAGGACACAGCAGAGCAGCAUGUGAAGAUUCCUGGUUCUAUGACGGCAGCAGAGCUGAUCUGUGAAGUUCUGGACCGGCGUAACAUCAUGGUUAGAGACAAAGAGUACUGGAGCUGCUGGGAGAUCAGUGACAAGGAGGAAAUGGAACGUCCGCUGCACUAUCAGGAGCGAGUCCUUCCCAUCCUUCACUCCUUCGGCACUGACUCUCAUCUGCUCAUCAAGAAACACGUGGCGAUGGAUGCCAUGAUCAUCUACCUGGCCAGUAAAGUGGAUGCAUCCAAACACGGGAUGAUGAAAUUCAGAGAGGAGCGAAGCAUUUUAGGAUUGGGACUCUCCACUGGAAGUUUCCAUGACCGAUAUUUCAUCCUCAAUUCCAACUCUCUCAGAAUGUACAAGGAAGUCAGAAGUAACCGUCCAGAACGUGAUUGGCCAGUGAAAAACCUAAAGGUCUACCUUGGUAUUAAGAAGAAGCUCCGUCCACCCACAUGUUGGGGGCUGACGGUGGUGUAUGAGAGUAAGAAACAAGAGAAGCCAGAGAGACAGCAAUGGUAUCUCUGCUGUGACACCCAGUCAGAAAUGAGGGAGUGGUAUGCUACUUUCCUCAGUAUCCAGUACGACGGCGACUUGUGGCCUCAGGACGGACUCCAGCAGACGCGGGUGAGCCGUGUGCUGCCAGAUGCACGUCACGGUAACGUGUCACUGAUUCCGCUGCGUGGCAGUGAGAAUGAGAUGCGGAACAGCGUUGCGGCUUUCAGCCAAGACCCGCUUGCUCUUUUUAGAGAUGUUCGAUAAUGGUUGCUGUAAGACAGGGUGGACGGUUGACCUCAGGUGACCUCAGAACAUUCCAGUGACAUCAUCAUUCUGUAACUGUGAGGACCAGAGAGAUGGAUGCUCAUACUCUACGUGGAUUUUGGUCUACUACUGCCGUCUGCUCCUUCUGAAAUGGCUGUCACGGAAACUAACGGGGAUCAGAAUAAUCAAUAAACUGGAAUAAGCGAUAUAAUGGACGACAGGAUCACAUGUAGAAUCAAACCGCCGCUGUUUCCUCAGCACAAAUGAAAUACACUUGACUUGAUAUACAUUAGAAGCAGCUGGGAGCUGCUGUGGCAUUAGAAAUUGAAGAGACACUUCGAUGAACCACAAUCACCCUGAAGAGCUCCUGACUGGCUUCCAGCUUGAUGAGUGACAAGUCUGAACCCAGCUGCAUUGCAUUGUGGGACAGAGGCAUGAAAGACAGAAAAACUGUAAUUUUUUUUUUUUUGUUUCGAGGAGGAAGGAGUUGGGUUAUUCUAGGCACUAGAAGUGCUUAGCAAUUUUUUAAAUAGAAGAUUAAUGACUUUGUUUUUAGCUCUCUUUCUGUACAAAUGCUUAAAGAAUUGUUGGGAUCAUCCUGCAGUUCAAAAUUCUCUUGCAAGCAAAGAUGAUGUCGUAGGAGACAGUGACCUGAUUUUGUCCAGAGUGUGCUACAAGGGGACCAAGAGCCCGAGUGAAAGAGAGGCUGAAAAAGUACAGGUGAUGGAUCUGUGUCUGUUACUCUGCAGGACAUCUGCCAGCACUGUGCAAAACCUCGGUUAGAGUUGCAUAACUGUGCUUGUGUAGACAGUAUGUUUGAAUACAUGUAGGUGCUUUCCUGAGUGGAAAUGUUUUACAUACCCAUAUGUUGAUAUUGUCACUUUUGGGCUGUGAUGGAAGGAGAGGCAUGUGCUGAAAAUACUUCUCUUCAUGUUGAGAGAAAUAUGAGUACUUGAUUUACUAUUGCCCCUGAUUUUGCAUGAAGUAGGUCAAACCAUACUGAAAUAUUUAAAACAAUGUAUUACCCCGGCCUUAUUAGUAGUCUUGUCCAUCUUCUUCCUGUCCUCACACAGUCCUCAGCACUGCCUCUUCUCUGUAGGUCCAUAUCCAGCCUGUGAUGCUCAGAGGUAAUAUACUGUACAGUUUAUUGACAGUUCUAUGAUUAACCAGCAGUAUUUAUAAAAAUUUUAGUUCAUGAAUUAGUCAUAUUGGAAUAAUUCUUCUAUUUUUUGUUCAGUAAAUAUCAUAUUGUUGUAGUUUGUUCUUUGAAGCAAGGCUCAGAAGCUCUUACCUGUAAGCACAAGAAACAAAUUAAAGUGCAUCAUAAUCUUCUAUCAUUCUUUCUACUUGGGUCCAAGCUUGUGUGUAUAUAUAUAUAUUCAGUGAAAAGGAGAGCCUUGAAACAAUCAGUGUUGACCGUCAACACCGUCUUCACUGCCUUGUAGGUUUUCCCUGCUGUAAAGAGUUUUUUUUAUUUAUUUGGACAGCAGAGGACGCUGGCUGCUGUGCCUCUGCAGGUGAGACAUCAUGACGCUCAGCCAGAUGUUACUUUGUGUUAAAAAAUGUGUUCAUGCAGUAUGUGUGUAUGAGCGUGUGUUAUUAGCUGCCCUCCAGCUCAGACCUCAGUAGCAGUUGAGAGAAGACUGUGAUUACACUGCCUGUAGAAAGUGUUUAUUCCCUUCAUGUACUUGUUUCCCCUUUUUUGUUUUCAUUGAAUCACCUUUGAUGUACUGUAAGUAUUGUUAGACGCUGGUCCUGAGAAAAAGUGAAAGCAGAUAUUUACAAAUUGAUUAGAAUUAGGCAAAGACAAUGUAUUUGAGCUUUGUCAGGUCACAGCAAACUGUGAUCAAAUUGUCGGCUUCACAAACUUUGAAUGAAUGAAGGUUUCCUUCUGUCCUUCCAUCACUUUCACUUUCACAGUCUCCUCCUGGCGAACAUGUAGAAGUCAUGAGUUCUAUCAAAAGUCAUAAAGCAGCAGUUGAAGCAGCAGAUUUAUUCGUUGUUCCUCCCAUCAUGCUGAGUCCACAGGCGUCCAGGAGGCCUUCUUAGAAGUGCCCUUUUUACACAGUCAGAUGUUCUGGGCAGAUUUCCAAAUGUAGCAUUUUUGCCUUUCCCAUUUUCAUGUCACGACUCUUGCUGCUCUUUUAGGAGACUUUAAUUCUCUGGAACUAGUUUUCUUGCAUCUUUUCCUCACAGAUUUGUUAAGAAUGAUCCUUUGUCUUUAUAGUUUUAUAGAUGACCGCAGAGCUCGCCACGAUGAAUGGAUUAGAUGUCAGCCAUUAAAUUUAUUCUUCAACUGUUUUAAUAAUCAAUUAAUUUAUUUUUGCGUAAAUGAAAGUCAAAAUGAGAAAAUGUUCUGGUUUCUUUAUGCUUUUAUGACAGUAACUGAAUGUCUUUGUUGUGGUCAAAACCAGACUUUUGAGAACGUCAUGUUGGGCUUUGGGAAACUGAUCAACAUUUUUCACCCUUUUCAGACAUUUUACAGACCCAACAACAAAUCGAUUGAUCGAGAAAAACAAUAAUCGACAUUGAAUUUAAUUGGUAGUUGCAGACCUAAAAAACCAAAGCUUAUUUAAAGCUACUACAAGGAACAUUUAUAUUUAAGUUGAUUUUGGAGGCCCCUGUGGACAUAAGUGGUGGUCAUGACCACAACAUUCCAAAAAGUUAUCAUCUUGCUGAUUGUCAUCAUAAUCAGGAUUCAACUGACAGUUUCAUUAUCAGUUUAAACUCCUUGUAGUCGCUUUAACCAAGUUGCUUUUUUACACCUGCCAUACUCACAAAUGAAAACUCUGGCGGCAGCUGUGAUGAGGAAAAGCAAAUAUUUUCCUUUAUAUGUGUAAUGGAUUUGGAUCCGUUUGACUUAAUCCAUAGAGACCUUUUUUUAACGCAAGUCUCUGUUAAAACGUUCUAAGUACAUGACAGUGAUUCAGUGUUGUAAAACAAAGUCUUCAGUCCGAUGGUGAAUACUUCUUAUAAGUAGCGUGUCCUCUCUCUUUCUGGCUCUCCUUGUUCGGUUACUCUGCAUUUUACUGCAUCUCUGAAACUUUAAUAAACACCUUCAGCUA